AUGUCAAACUCUUCAUCCAUGCCUGCCCAAGCAAAAUCCCUAAAACAUGCUGGUGAAGAUAUUUGGAAGAAUCGAACAGAGAAAGUGAAUGCCGAACUCUUCACAUUGACCUAUGGUGCAAUAGUAUCACAGUUAUGUACCGAUUAUGAAAGAAAUUUCCAAAAGGUCAAUGAGCAACUGUAUAGUAUGGGUUACAACAUCGGUGUAAGGUUGAUUGAGGAUUUUCUCGCGAGGACUGCUCUACCCAGGUGCGAGAAUAUGGUAAGCACAAGUGAAGUGGUAAGCAAAUGUGCUUUCAAGAUUUUUCUAAAUAUUACACCACAGAUAACCAAUUGGUCCCAUGAAAAGGACGCUUUUUCAUUGAUUCUUGUCGAAAAUCCAUUGAGUGACUUUGUCGAAUUACCUAUGGACGCUAUGAAACAACUAUGGUAUUCCAAUAUAUUAUGCGGAGUCCUAAGAGGAGCUUUAGAGAUGGUACAGCUUGACUGUGAUGUAUGGUUCAUCUCCGAUGUCCUGAGAGGAGAUCCUCAAACGGAACUAAGGAUCAAAUUAAAUAAGGUAUUGAAAGAUGAGAUCCCUAUUGGAGAGGACUAA